UUUUUUUUAGGAUUGAGGUUUUUAAGUAAGGUUGGUUUGGAGUCAAGACGGGUCUCGAAUGAUCUUCGUUUGAUGAUGAUACAUACUGGCUUGAUCGCCAAUUUGAAGGAAAUAGGGGGGUUUUGUUGUUUGGGCACCGACCAAGGCCAGGGCAAAUAAGAUUGGAGAACAGGAAGAAAAGGUUAUUCUAUCCCAAAGCGUGUGCAUUCGAGUCAAAGACAAUGGAGAUGGGGAGGUGGAGCACAUGGGACGAGCUCUUGCUCGGAGGCGCCGUGCUCCGUCACGGGACCGGAGAUUGGGACCGGGUCGCGUCGGAGCUCCGAGCCCGAAUCGUUUGGCCGUGUGAAAUCACCCCAAAGGUUUGCAAAGCCAAGUAUGAGGACCUGCAACGGCGAUUCUCAGGUCACACAGCCUGGUUCGAAGAGUUACGAGAACAGCGAAUGGAGGAGUUGAGGCGAGCCUUAGAGCAAUCUGAAAGCUCCAUUGGGAUUCUGGAAUCAAAGCUCGAAUAUCUCAAGGCAGAGGGCGGACCUUAUUCCAACGUCGAUUAUGACUCCAGCCGAACAGUUUCGGUUGUACCAGUUCAGAACUCAUAUGGAGCUAAAUCAUAUCGAAGACAGAUGCCGGAAGGUGCUCUCUCAGAUAGUUUCACCCAAGAAGUCUCCGCUAACUCCUCAUCAGAUGGCCGUGUUCAGCUUUCAGUUUCAGCUGAAGGGAAGGAGACUAAGCCACGUACUUCCAAGUUGUCUAAGCGAGACAGGGAUCGCAAGAUCGAUGUGAAGCUCCAGGAGCUAUGCAGAGGUCAAGCAGGCUUCCUUAAGAAGAAGAGAGGUCUGAGAAAAAGGAAGAAUUGUGCUGUGCAAAUUAAAGAAGGGAGUGUAGGAGAAAGCGAAUUCAUUGGCCCGGUUGACGUUUUGAUGGAUUCUCAGAGUCGUAAGCGUCGGAGAAAGGAGACUGUUGAUGAUCUGAUGAGGAUUUUUUAUUCUGUUGUUGAGCACAAGAGCGCCAACAUAUUCUAUCGCCGACUCAAUUGCCAGAAGAGAGGAAGAUACAAGAGAUUGAUCCGCCAACACAUGGAUUUUCACACCAUAAAAUCAAGAAUAUCGAGCCUCGCCGUAACAUCUUCCGCAGAAGUGUUCCGAGAUAUUUUGCUCCUCGUAAACAACUCCUUGGUCUUCUAUUCCAGAAGGACACGGGAGCACAAGUCUGCAUUGCUCCUGAGAGACAUUGUCACCCAGAAACUGAGGCAGCACUACAAAGGGACCGAGUUCGUCCACACCGCCGACGUUCCGGUCAGGCCUCGAGGCGCCCCUCGUCGCGGGACGCACAAAUUGCCCCCGAGGGCUUCGAACGCCAAUAGCACGGUUUGGACAGCGUCACUGGGAAGCAAGAGUGCAGGCAACUCCGACUCUUCGCCAUCGGCGGAGUCUUCGGCUAUCGGCGAGAGAAUUUCGAUCUCAAAUUGGCGGCGGAAACGUAAAAAUGCCAACGAUGGCCCAAGAUCUGUGAGGUCUAAUAGGGGAAGGAAGAGAGUUAGGACUAGGUGAACAAGUACAUGUAUUUUUUUUCCUUUAGAAGGAUGGACUUAGAUGCAAAAAAUUUGUAGGUUUAGGGUCUUUUUGUAGUACAUUAAUCCUAAAGGGACAAUAGGCUUUGUGGCUGCCGUUUGUUGUACAUUCACAUAAGUCUUACUUGUACAAUCAGAACUCCAUUGUUUCUAUCGAAAUAUACUGUUCUUUUUUUAUGAAUUUUUAA